ACCCAGGUUCAUCGAAAGGUACGUACCACAAAAACAACUUAACUGCCAAGGCUUUACUUUAUGGGCACCAACUUUAUCUGCCCAAACUUUGAAAAACUCGAAACUCUAUAACCUGAACAGUCCAGAUGUAUUCUUGGACCCAGGAGGUGGCUCAGUCUAGUGGAAAACGCUUCUUGUUUUUAACAGGAGUAUAUUUAGAACUGCAGGGACUGCAAGAGUUUCUCUGUUAUUUAACCUUUGAUGAGUCAUGUCCAGAAGUUAGCAAGUUCUUUAAAUUGUAAUAAUGUUAUAAAUAUGUUUUAACACAAAGCUAAAAGUUGUAGUAUUAGGUAAAACUGUAGUAUGAGGUAAAACUGGAGUAUGAGGUAAAACUGCUGUCAAAUAAGAUGAAGCAGAGUAAAGUGGAGCCGGGGCGAACGAUAAUAAAGCAUUUUUUAAGACAACUGAAGGAUUUGGAGCUGAGAAAAAUGUUAUGAUAUAAAAAAAAAGGUAAUUUUUAGGAGCUGGACAUGAUCUGUAAUGAUGUCCUGAAGAGUCCUGCAGGGCAGAACUUCUCACACUUUUCUGAAAAAGUCAAAACCUUUAACUCUUUGUGCUCCGAGUUCCUCCUGGGACUCCAGGGAACUCUGGCCACGAAGCUUCCAUCGAUCAGAGGAGGAGGAGAGGAGGAGGCUGCUCUGGCAGAAGUCCUGAAGAGGGCAGCAGAGAGUCCAUUCAGCUCUCACCGUUUGAACCAGUGGAUGAACGAGGUCGUUAAGGAGACCAACACCAUAAAAGUCCUCACAAAUCUGAUGAGAAACACAGAAGUCGUCUCUUCUGAAAAUGACCUCAUGAAGAAGAUGGCUUCAGACUGUAACUCACCUGUGGAGAUGGCGGCUCUGGGUCGGUCUUUUCUCCUGGGCAUGUUGUAUGACUGCAGAUCUGACACACUGGUCCCAGGCCUGACUUUCUGGGACCAGGAGAAGCUGGACAAAGACAUGAGAGUGACUCCUAAACCCAGCACUCAGUGUCAGAUCGUGGCGUCUGAUCACCUCUCUGAGAAGGCCUCUUCACUCGGAGUGGACGCUGGACUCAAAGCCAGUUUUAUGAGUGGACUUGUGAAGGUUGAAGGGUCAGCAAAAUAUCUGAACGAUCAGAAAAGUUCCAGAAGACAGGCCCGAGUCACUCUGCAGUACAAAACUACGACAGAGUUUAAAACAUUGACCAUGAACCAGCUCAGCAAAGACAACUUAAAGCACCACGAGGUCAUUGACAAAGGUCUAGCCACACAUGUAGUAACAGCCAUCCUCUAUGGAGCCCAGGCCUUCUUUGUGUUCGACCAGGAAACAUCUGAAGAUGAAAAUGUCCGAGACAUUCAGGGAAACCUGAAGGUGAUGAUUGAAAAAAUCCCAAAGAUCUCCAUUGAUGGAGAAGGGAAUCUGAAAAUGGAGGACAAAGACAAAGAAAAGGUGAACAAGUUCUCCUGCACUUUUCACGGAGAUUUCUGUUUAGACAAAAGUCCAACGACAUUUGAAGAAGCAGUAAAAGUCUAUCAAGACCUGCCCAAACGUCUGGGCCCCAAAGGUGAGAACGCAGUCCCUGUGAGGGUGCACCUGCUGCCCCUCAGCGCCUUAGACUCUGCAGCGUCUAAACUGGUGCGUCACAUCAGUCUGAGGUUAGUCUGUGAGGCAGAGAACGUCUUGGAGAACUUCAGGGAGCUGGACAUGAUCUGUAAUGAUGUCCUGAAGAGUCCUGUAGGACAGAACUUCUCACACUUUUCCAAAAAAGUCAAAACCUUUAACUCUUUGUGCUCAGAGUUCCUCCUGGGACUCCAGGGAACUCUGGCCAUGAAGCUUCCAUCGAUCAGAGGAGGAGGAGAGGAGGAGGCUGCUCUGGCAGAAGUCCUGAAGAGGGCAGCAGAGAGUCCAUUCAGCUCUCACCGUUUGAACCAGUGGAUGGACGAGGUCACUGAGGAGGCCAACGCCAUAAAUGCCCUCACAAAUCUGAUGAGAAACACAGAAGUCGUCUCCUCGAAAAAUGACCUCAUGAAGAAGGUGCGUGACUCAGAGAAAGUCCUGGUGUUUGUGUUCACGUCUCUGGAGAGGGCAGAGCCGUACCUCGAAGAACUGAAGAACCACCUACAGGGGAUUCAAACCCACGAGUCUGGAGCAGAACCCAAACCCUGGUACAAGACUAAAGACAUGAUCCACCAAAUGAGACUCAAAGCAAAGGUGUUUAGGGACUUUGCAGACGCCAACAAAGACCAGGACACAAAGGCUCUUCGGUUCCUGGCAGUGGGUUUGACUGAUGAAAACCACAAAGAAGCAACCAUCUAUCUUUAUGAAGACGGGUUCCUCAGCAGUGAGAGCUUUGAGCUCCCUUCUAAACCAGACUCAGUGACUGUGAGCAGAGCCACAGCGCACAGCGUGAGUCUGCAGGUCAGAGCUCUCUCAGUGGGAGCGGAGAACGUCUGUGGAUACAGAGUGGAGUUCUGUGAGAAAGGACAGGAGCAGUGGAAGCAGCAGCUCCAGGCUGAAGCUGGAGAGGUCACAGUGACAGGCCUGAUCCCAAACACAGAGUACAGCUUCACAGUGAGAGCCGUCACUGAGGCGGGAGUAGGUCCAGCUGCUCCUCACACCUCCAUGAAAACCUUACCCUGCGACCUUCCAGAAAACCCCAGCGCCAUGUCCACCUCCUCAAAGAUCUACGUCCGCUGGAGGAGACCUGCACAGGUGGGACAAGGCGCCCAGAUCCUCAGAUACAUCGUGGAGUACGCUGAGACCGGAGACACACUCCAGUGGAGGAGAGAAGAGUCCCAUUCUGAGGAGAAGGUGAUCUCUGGACUUAAGCCUCAGACAGAGUACAUCCUCAGGAUCUUCUGUGACUAUGGAGAGAACGGAACCAGCUCAGAAAGCUCCACUGUGACCAUCACCACCAAAACAUUCACUGCAGCAGAACUCAUCGUAAAAGACUCUGUCAAAAUCAAGUCUGGAACACCAGAAAUCUACAAACUUGGUCUAAAAGCAGAAAAACUGCGCACUCCUCGUGUCAGAAAAUAUGUGUUUGGAAAAGAAAGUCAUAAAGAAAAUCGUAUCAUGAUCCUUCUUGGACCUGUGGGAUCUGGGAAGAUCAGUCUCAUCGAUGCCAUGAUCAACUACAUCCUGGGAGUCAGAUGGACCGACCCGUUUUGGUUUAAAAUAAACGAGGGUGAGACUUCUGAGACAGUGGUGUAUCAAAUAAACCACCAGGAGGGAUUCCAGGUCGACUUCUCACUCACCAUCAUCGACACUCCAGAGUUUAGAGAUUUUACAGGCAUCACAGGAGACAAACAGACCCUGGAGCAGAUAGCUUACCUCGUCAAUGAUUUGAACAUCACAGAGGUUCAUACAGUCUGUGUAGUGGUCCAGUCGUCUUUAGCUCAACUCCCUCCAGCCCUGUGUCACGUCUUACACUCAUUCCACUCCAGCUUUGGGAAAGAUGUGUUUGAAAACCUCAAGAUUCUGGUGACGUUCGCAGAUGCUCAGAUGCCUCCAGUUCUUGAGUACAUCAAAGCUGCUGGAGUCCCAUGUCCUAAAACAGAGCAGGGUCUGCCAGUCCACUUCAAAUUCAACAACUCUGCAAUGUUCGCCCCAAACCAGACCUCUGCAGAAGAAGACAAUUUGGAUCAAAUGUUCUGGGACAUGGGAAACAAAAACAUGACGAGGUUCUUUAGUGACUUAGAGAAAACUCAGAGCAAAAGGAUGAAUCCAGAAAUAAUAAUAGUACAACUAUUACAUCUGAUGGGACCCCAAGUAGGACGUGUAAUGAAGACAUACGAUUCAAUUCACUUUGCUUCAUUAGGUGGACCUAUGUGGAACUGAAGAAUAAUUCAACAACUGCAGACAAUGCAAUGCCACAUUCAUUAUCCAUGUCCCAUUAGAAAUGACGCAGAAAUGGACAAACGUGAAGUAUUUGAUUCAGAUGGAAGUUGCACUGUGUGUCCUGGAAAAAUGUUUCUGGCGCAAACAUUCAGUCCAGAAAUACAGAUGGAAAAACAAGACAGACACAAAGAGAAAUACCAGAGACAAACUGUAGAGUCUCUCCUUAAUAAUAAACAUAUAAAGAAUUUGAAGAUGUUGAGGCAGAACUCUCAAAGAUGUAAUAUUCAGUUUUUAAGAGAAAACUAUUCCUGAUGAAGACAAAAAAAACAAACAAAAAAAAAGCAAGAACUGUAAAUAAAACAACAAAUCAAAGCAUGUUAAACUAAAAAUGGAUAAAACAAUUGAAUCUGUGCAGCUGAUGUCAUCAACAUCCACUGGGACUGUGACGCUAACUAGAGGCACUGCUGUGUGUGAAACUCUGUCAUAAUCUGAGUUUUAUUUAAACACAAUCUGGGAAUAAAAAAGUUAAAGUUUCAUCAAUAUUUCACCACUGAUCACGAUUUAGACCAAAAACAAAGUUAUUGUAAGUGCUCUUUGUCUCAUCCAAUCUGCUGCCCAACUCUCUCUAUAUUUACUUUACUUUUAUAUAUUUACUUUAAAACUUUACUUUCAUAUAUUUACUAUAAAAUUUGAGUUUUAUAUAUUUACUUUAAAACUUUACUUUCAUAUAUUUACUAUAAAAUUUGAGUUUUAUAUAUUUACUUUAAAACUUUACUUUCAUAUAUUUACUAUAAAAUUUGAGUUUUAUAUAUUUACUUUAAAACUUUACUUUCAUAUAUUUACUAUAAAAUUUGAGUUUUAUAUAUUUACUUUAAAGCUUGUACUUUUAUAUAUUUACUUUCAAAUUGUACUUUGUGUUUCUGAGGCCAUAAAAAGUGUCAAAGUGAAGUGGUGUAAAAGGAGGCUGCAUGUUGUGAGUGUGUUUUCUUUGCGCUGUGUGUUGUUGUGUGUUUAUUAUCGUCUGUGUUGGAUUUGGUCGAGCUUUAGUUUCUCUGAGUCUCAUCACACGUGUCUCUGAUCAAACGGGGGAACUGCCAACAAUAAUCUCAUGAUAUUCAUUUCAUACUUGACGCUCGCUGCAGUUAAAGUGAAAAACCUUCUGCUCCGUGACCUCGGACGAUGAACGCCGCUCCGUUUGACGACACAAACUGCAGAAGCUCCGGAACGUUCCCGGGGUAAAACUAUCGGCUCAAAGAUUCAUUUGGAAUUGGACGAUACAAAGGCUUUGUCAGACGCCCAGACCCUCAGACUCCCUCAGACUUUCAGAAACCUCCAUGCUUCUAGACUGUGUGUGUGUGUGUGUGUGUGUGUGUGUGUGUGUGUGGCUGCUGCUGUGAUUCUGUUGGUUCCUUUUGUUUGGACAGAAUUCUGCAGACUUUUUACACUUAAAUGUUUGACACUGCAGUGUGAAGCUCUUUGGAAACGCUCUUGUUUAUGAAAUGUGCUGUACAAAUAAAGUGGGCCUGGAUCCUGCUGUGACGUCAUUAAAGCUGCUGUAGAACCGUC